UGUAUGUUUUUCCAUUUUAGAUGUUUUUCUUUAUGUUGUUGUUAAAUGAGUCUGCUCCUAAAUGAGUUCAACAUUUCAGGUAAGAGAUGAAGAUUCUAGGCAGGGCAUUUCGGAAUGCCUCACUCAUACAAGUGCUGGAUCGAGAUUAUUAGCUUUUUAUUUAAGCAUGAAGACCCAUACAUACCAAUUUCCCAAGUCAACAUGUCUUGACGGCAAGGAGCGUUGCUCCAUAUGCUUGGAUGAUUAUUACGACAAGGAAAAACUCACAGAAAUCAGUUGUGGUCAUAUAUACCAUUAUGAUUGUAUUAGAGAGUGGAUCAAGCUCAAGAACAUUUGUCCUAUUUGCAAGAGGGAUCCAGCUGCAACAAUCAGUUAAAUUCUUUGUUUGGUGGACUAACUAGUGGAGUGGCAUCAUUAAUCUCAAAAGAGUUGAGUUAAACCUAAAAAUAAGGAACCAUUCUGAGUUUGAGAAAAACAAUGGUCUUUUAGUUUGAUGUGCUUUCUUUCUUUUCUGAUGAUGCUAAGUUUUAUCUACACUUUGAAGCUGAGUAAAAAUUGGUAUUCAUGUUGGUUUGAGUGGUUGAUAUUGAACAAAUUUGGUUCAUAAUCUCGAUGUUUAUGGCAGGUUUUGAAAACCUCUUGAUUCUUAGCUUUUAAUGCCUCCCGAGUUUUUUCCUAUAUAGAAGGUAGGCAUUCUAUUCAACUAAACACCAACAACAAGAAAAGUAAGUAUUUUCAUUCCAAAUCAUCAAUAACAAAAAUCAAUAGGCUGAUUC